GUUGCCGUGGUUGCAGGCCCGGCCCGCCCGCUUGCUGACAGCGAGGCUUAGGGCGGAGGGAAGUGGGUCGGUGGGUCGGUCGGGAACGAGGCUUCCGCGGCCAGGCCCGAGCGGAGCCGUUGCCAUGGCAGCUGCCGCCGGGGGCACCGACGACGAGCCGCGCUCGGGCCGCUCGAGCUCGGAUGGCGAAUGCGCGGUGGCGCCCGAGCCGCUGACGGGCGCCGAGGGCCUCUUCUCCUUCGCCGACUUCGGGUCUGCGCUGGGCGGCUGCGCGGGCCUCCCGGGCCGGGCGUCCGGCGAGGCCCAGUCCCCGCUGCGCUACCUGCACGUGCUGUGGCAGCAGGACGCGGAGCCGCGCGACGAGCUGCGCUGUAAGAUCCCCGCUGGCCGGCUGAGGCGCGCCUCCAGGCCGCACCGCCGGCUCGGGCCCACCGGCAAGGAGGUGCACGCUCUAAAGAGGCUGAGAGACUCGGCCAAUGCCAAUGAUGUGGAAACAGUGCAGCAGCUGCUGGAAGAUGGCGCGGAUCCCUGUGCAGCUGAUGAUAAGGGCCGCACAGCUCUACACUUUGCCUCUUGCAAUGGCAAUGACCAGAUUGUGCAGACACUCCUGGACCAUGGGGCAGAUCCCAACCAGCGAGAUGGGCUUGGGAAUACACCACUACACCUGGCGGCCUGCACCAACCAUGUUCCUGUCAUCACCACACUGUUACGAGGAGGAGCCCGUGUAGAUGCCCUGGACCGGGCUGGCCGCACGCCCCUGCACCUGGCCAAGUCUAAGCUAAACAUCCUGCAGGAGGGCCAUUCCCAGUGCCUGGAGGCUGUGCGGCUGGAGGUGAAGCAGAUCAUCCAUAUGCUCAGGGAAUACCUGGAGCGCCUAGGGCGGCACGAACAGCGGGAACAGCUGGAUGACCUCUGCACCCGCCUCCAGAUGACAAGCACCAAAGAGCAGGUGGAUGAAGUGACUGACCUCCUGGCCAGCUUCACCUCCCUCAGUUUGCAGAUGCAGAACAUGGAGAAGAGGUAGCAGGAGAGGCUUCUGCCUUCCUGCUCUGCCACUGCCCCCCACCCCAUCCCCACUGUUUGCUCUCAAUACAAAGAGAAAGCCCAAUGUCUGGGACUUUGGAGCUACACUUGUCUGGUGAGGACCUUGCCAUCACCCCCAGAGGCUGUGGGGCAGAGACACUCUCUCCAUGACUUCAGAGCCACUUCCAGCCAUGGUCUCCAACAUCUCUGUGGGCCAGGACCAUAGCCCCAGCUUCUUCCUCUGGCUCCUGCAGCAUUCGGCCAGCCUGUGCAGCCACACGUCAGCCCUGGCCAACAUGCGCUGUCUUAGCAGGCCUCCCUCGUCCCAUGGCCUCCCUGGCUCCCUCACCAGGUCCCAGACCCUCCUCUGUGUGUGCUUACGCAGGCCCCCUCUGGCCCAGGUGGCUGCUCGGGGGAUGGCCCUUGUGGCUGGCCCUGCACCUCUCACCAGCACUUAGAUUUAGACUUGUCACCUGAUUUGCAGGGAGACACUGCAGGGAGUUUCUCUUGUUGGAAGGGGAGGGUUGGUGAUACCUAGACCUUAAAAAUACAAAGUGAAGAAGGACCCUGCUGAACCCAAAGCAAACAGUCUCCAACCCUUUUUCUCCUAAUCAUUGAAAUACGAGGAGAGUGUAACAGUUUUGCAGCCUAGUUGUAGUAGGCUGUGUGUGGCCCCCCAAGAUGUCCAUGUCCUAACCCCAGGAACCUUAUAUGGCAAAAGCAGCUUUGCAGAUGUAAUUAAGUUAGGGAUCUUUAGACAGGGAGAUUAUCCUGGAUUAUCCAGGUGGGCCUGAUGUACUCACAGGCAUACUUAUAAGAGCGAAACAGGAGGACUGGCCAGUUAGCUCACUUGGGAGAGCGUCGUGAUGGUAACAGUCAUGGGUUCAGAUCCCCGUGCUGACCAGCCACCAAAAAAAAAAAAAAAGGGAAACAGAAGAGGAAGUAGGAGAUAUGAUGAUGGAAGCAAGAAGUUGGAGUCAUUCGAGGAAGGGGUCACAAGCCAUCUCCAGAAGCUAGAAGAGGCAAGGAAAUGGAAUCUCCCCUCAGAACUUCCAGAAGGAACUGGUCCUGCUGAUGCCUUGACUUUAGCUCAGUGAGACUGAUUUUAGAAUUCUGGCCUCCAGAACUGUAA